AAAAAAAAAAAAAUCGCCCGCCUCGGUUUUAAAUGUUGCUGGUUUCUUUUUCUCUCAAACGUUAACGAGAGAUGUCUUCCCGGUUGUUGUUGACGGCGCGCAAUCACCGAAGGAACGCUAGCACUUCUAAUUCCAGGAGAAUGAAGACUGUUGGAAGAGUAACUACAGACUAUGGAGUAAACUUUACAAACACCGCAUAUCUUUCAAGAGAUGUGCUGUCCCUCAAGAAAGGAAAGUUGUUCGGUCAGACUCCAGCUAAGAUAAUAAUUUCACAAGAUCCUGACCUACAGGAAAAUGCUGAUCAUCAGAUACGGUUCAUUGUAUCUAAGCAGUGGACCUUAUACAGUGUCACUCCUCUGUAUAAUUUCUCUUAUGGACACUUAGAGGAAUAUUCUAAACAACUGAGUUCUGUUAUUGCUACACAAAAGGAAAAGAGAUUUGUAUUGGAAGGUGAAACUGAUUUAAUGUGUAAAGUGAAGUUUUCUUCAUUUUCUAUUUUGAAAACCACGGGGAAAAAAAAAGCAGCAGUCCUCAUUGAGAUUAUCCAAAGAUCUCAAAUGGCAGAUGAAGAUGGAAAAGAAGAAGGCAAAGUGGUAUGGAUGGGUUGUUUCUGUUGUACUUGUGCAAGUGAUUUUGUUGAGAUUGUCACAGAGGAUUUUACUUGUUUGCCUUUGUUCCUUGUAAAUGGCGCCAAGGGUUUCUCAAAUAUUGUUGAAACUUGGCUUCAGCAAACUUUUGACUGUAAUUUCAGCCCAUUGCACAUCAGUCCUAUCCAUCUUGCGUGGAUGGCUGCAAUAUGGUCUGGCUGCAGUAUGGACCAUUACACGGUUGCAACGGAACUGACUUUCUCUGUGCCAUGUCUGCCUUAUCCUUUGGAUAUUUCCUAUGCUAUCCAUCCUGAAGAUGCAAAAGCUCUUUGGGAUUCAAUACACGGCGUUGAGGGAGAAGUUAAACAGGAAGAAGUGCAAUUAUUCAUGGAAUCCCUUUACAAGCACUUUCAUAGGCACUUCAAGAUAUAUUUAUCAGCCACACGACUAGUGAACGUUUCUACAUCUGUAGCCUCUGUCCAUUCAUUGGGAAAAAUGAAGAUUCACCAUGCCCAAUAUCUGAUGGGAGUUCUGUCACUGCUCACAGAACUGGCACUUUCAAAGAUACUGUGAUAAAUUUCCUACUGGGUUACAUCUCACAUGCUUUAGCCACAGAAAAUUAUUUAGGAUAGAAGAUUGUAAAGCUAUUUUUGUCCACUCUUCUCUACUUGUGCUUAAGUAGAAACUAGGUUAAACGUUUUGUAAAUAGUACAAAGAGCUAUGUAGUUCCAUCUUUUCAUAUUUCUAAUAUGGAUUAUUAAAAGAAAUAUAUAAUUCAGAAGUACAGUACAAUGCUUAUAACUGUCUACAUACUGAACUUUUGUUCAGAAAGUCUAGUCAACUAGGUGGGAAAACUCUUCAGGAUUUUUGGAUUUCAAUGUCAACAAAAGCUGUCCAGAAACUGAAACAGACACUUCUAUAGACAAAUGCACUGCUGUGAUUAUCCUAAUCAAUCACAGAAGCAGCUGGGGACAGAACUUCAUGAAUUAAUUUGCAACAGUACUCUACGGAAGGAUUCAGAAGUGUAUGGCAGAAACACACUCUGCAUUCUAAGAUAUCUCUAUAGCUAGCUGCAUUGGAAAUUACUAAAUCUGAGCCAACCAAUGAGUAAAUAGUUUUUCUUUUGAAAAGCCAGAUAAAUACAGUUUAUGGACAAAUAUAAAGUGUGGGAAAAAAU